CUGCAUCUUUCAGCUACUCGCAUGUGCGAAAAGCUAUCCAGCAAAAACGCCAGAUGAUGGUUCGAGAGGGGUGAAAUUCUACUGGAUGAAAUGACUUUCACGCGUCCAUCGUACCACUGAACGAUGCGAUUGGCCGACCCCUGGCAGAACCGAGGGAGGCGGUGAGGUGCCGCCCCCGAUUUUGGAUCACAGUCGCCCUCUUUAAGAUCGCCACUUCUGCAAUUGCGGCCUGCUUGUUCGUGCUGUAGUCCUUUGGUCGCAUGUGCUCGCUCUGGGCUGUCGUUUAUCGUGUGCAGGGCUAAUUUCUCCGUUCCCUUGUGCCUCCAUUUCCUUUCAGCAGGCUUUAUCACCCGCCAAUAUGUCCACAACCACCACGACCACGGUUGAGCCCUCGACCGCCACCACGACUUCCUCUACCACUCUCCUGGCCAAGGGCAUGCCGAAAACGAACCGCUCGCUCGAGGCAAUAGCGACGAACGACUACCGCGACGUGCGGCGGCGCGAGCACCAUGAGGCAGACAUUGUGAUUGUGGGCGCUGGCAUUGUAGGAUGCGCGGCGGCCGCUGCGUUUGGCAAGCAGGGGCGGAGUGUGAUACUGCUGGAGAGGAGUUUGAAAGAGCCGGAUCGCAUCGUGGGCGAGCUGCUGCAGCCGGGUGGCGUUUAUGCGCUGGAGAAGCUGGGGUUGAGAGAGUGCCUAGAAGACAUCGACGCCGUCCCCUGCUACGGCUACCAAGUAACCUACCACCGCGAGCCCGUCCACAUCCCCUAUCCCGCAAACCUCACGCCAGACUCCACGCCCUCCAACCCUCCUGAAGGCCGCUCCUUCCACCAUGGCCGCUUCAUCCAGAAGCUGCGUGCUGCCGCGCGGGCGACACCGAACGUCACAGUCGUAGAAACCACAGUUACGGACGUGGUGAAGAGCGGAUACACUGACCAGAUUCUGGGCGUGGAAUGCCACACCGCGGGAAAGCAAGAUUACUAUUUCGGCGCUCUGACGCUGAUAAGCGAUGGCUACGCAAGCAAAUUCAGGAAGACAUAUCUCCCGCGCGCACCUGAAGUGCGGUCAAAGUUCUUCGGGCUCGAAUUGAUCGAUGCGGAACUCCCCAUGCCAAAUCACGGGCACGUAAUCCUUUCCGACGCACCACCGAUCCUCAUUUACCAAAUCGGCACCCAUGAGACGCGCAUCCUAAUCGACGUCCCCGAAAACCUCCCCUCCGCGUCCCCCAAAGCCGGCGGCAUAAAGAACCACCUCCUCAACGUAGCGCUACCCGCAGUGCCAGACUGCGUACAACCUUCUUUGAGGAGAGCAAUCGAAAGCGGAAAGUUCCGUUCCAUGCCGAACUCCUUCCUCCCGCCAGCUACACAGAAGACACCGGGCCUGAUGAUACUAGGCGAUGCGAUGAACAUGCGGCACCCGCUAACCGGCGGCGGCAUGACCGUCGCUUUCAACGACGUGCUGCUCCUCUCCCAACUCCUCUCCCCGGAACGUGUGCCCACUUUCGAGUCCACCGACGUCGUCCUCAAGCAGAUCUCGCGCUUCCACUGGGAGCGCAAGAACGGUUCCUCCGUCAUCAACAUCCUCGCUAUGGCCUUGUACUCGCUAUUCGCCGCCGACGAUUCCGCACUCACUGCGCUCCAGAAUGGAUGCUUCCGCUACUUCCAGCGUGGCGGGACGUGCGUUUCAGAGCCGUGCGGGCUGCUGGCGGGCUUGAUCAGGACGCCGAGCGUGCUGGUAUAUCACUUUUUCGCGGUCGCAUUUUAUGCCGUUUGGUGCAGGAUGUGGGAUGGGCCCGUGUGGAGAGCACCGUAUGUGUUGUUUGUGGAGAGCUUUUUGCUGAUUUGGAAGGCUUGUGUGGUUAUUGGGCCGUAUUUGUUGGCCGAGGUUAGAAAAUAAGGAGUUGGGGAGAAGAAUGGGAGAAGGAUUGGUGUACAUAUAUUGAAAAG